AUGCCUAUAGUGGAUUAUGAACGAGAAUUCCUGAGAUUGAGUAUAUAUGCAACUGAAUUUGUACCGACUGAAGUUGACAGAUGCAAGCGAUUUCUAAGAGGACUGCGAGAUGAAUUUCAACUGCAAUUGAUGCCUCUACGGAUUACAGAGUUUGUAGACUUAGUAGAAAGAGCUAAAAUGAUUGAGAAAAUGCUAGGAAAGAGUAAAAAGUACAAAACUGCCCGUUCAAUUGGAAAACAUCCUGGAACUGUUAGUUUAAGUCCGCAAUUCAAACGAUCAAGGGAAUCUUGGGGUAGUGGAAGAUUCAGUUCAAGAUCAGAAAGAGGAGACAGAAGUCGAGAGAGACAAACUACUGUAUCUACUGGCAGUAUCAGAAGCCCAACUCAGAAUACUAAAAUUCCAGAAUAUUGCCCGAAGAUUAAUAAAGCAGUACCAAUGGUUCCUCAGAAAUCUGAAUCUGCAUCUAGAGGUCGAGGUUCAGGCCGAAGUGGUUCAGUUGCUAGAGGAGCUGAAAGCCAGUGUAGUAAAAUUCGAACUGUAUGUGAAUUUCCUGAUGUGUUUCUUGAAGAAUUGUCUGGAUUAUCUCCUGAUCAGGAAAUUGAAUUUGUGAUUGAAGUAUACCCAGGUACAGAUCCAGUGUCAAUACCUCCAUAUCAAAUGUCACCUACUAAGUUGAAGGAGCUGAAGUUUGUGGUAGUUUUCAUUGAUGAUAUCUUGGUAUACUCCAAGAUUGAAGAGGAGCUUGAGCAACAUCUUCGAAUUGUUUUACAGACACUACGAGAAAAGCAAUUAUAUGGAAAAUUGAGUAAAUGUGAGUUUUGGCUAUCAGAGGUUGUGUUUCUUGGCCAUGUGCUAUCGACAGAUGGAAUUAGAGUGGAUCCAAAGAAGAUUGAAGCCAUGCUUCAGUGGAAAGUUCCUAAAAAUGUGUCAGAGUGUCAGAAAAGUUUUGAAACGUUGAAGCAAGUGUUAAUAGAAGCACCAGUAUUGACUUUACCGGAGUUGGGAAAAGAUUUUGUUGUGUACGGUGAUGCUUCCUUAAAUGGUCUCGAGUGUGUACUGAUGCAAAGUGGAAAGGUAAUUGCUUAUGCUUCAUGA